UUCCUCCCUGUAGCAAAUCUCCUGCCUGAUACCAUAAAAGUGAAAAUCAGAUGAGUAAGCAAAUCUUGCAUUUUUGCUGAGCUUGGAGGAGGUCAUAAAAAAGUCAAAUUUUUGAAGAAAAACAAAUCUAAAAUUGUUCAGUAUUUAGUAACAAAUCACUAAACCACAGUAAUGGCUUCUUCUUCUCUUUGUUCCAACCGAUUGACUUCUAUCCCCAAAUCGAAAUUAGGGUUUUCAUCUUCUUCUUCUAAAACCCAAUUAUUAUCUCAAUCUUCUUUCAUUAACUUGAGAAAAUCAUCUCCCCAAUUUGCGAAAAAACAACUCUCACACUCUUCAGUUGUUUGUAAAGCUGUUUCUGCUGAACCAUCUACUCAAAUUGAAGGUCUUAACAUUGCUGAAGAUGUUUCUCAGCUUAUUGGGAAGACACCUAUGGUAUACCUCAAUAAUAUUGUUAAGGGUUCCGUUGCAAGUAUUGCUGCCAAGCUUGAGAUAAUGGAACCUUGUUGCAGUGUUAAAGACAGGAUAGGUUACAGUAUGAUAACUGACGCUGAGGAAAAGGGACUUAUUACCCCUGGAAAGAGUGUCCUGGUGGAACCAACCAGUGGAAACACUGGUAUCGGUCUUGCCUUCAUUGCUGCAGCAAGAGGAUACAAGCUCAUCUUAACAAUGCCUGCAUCUAUGAGUAUGGAAAGACGAGUCCUUCUAAAGGCAUUUGGAGCAGAGUUGGUUCUUACAGAAUCUGCCAAGGGUAUGAAGGGAGCUCUUGCAAAAGCAGAUGAGAUUUUAAAGAAGACACCCAAUUCUUACAUGCUUCAACAGUUUGACAACCCUGCUAAUCCAAAGAUUCACUUUGAGACAACUGGUCCUGAGAUCUGGGAAGAUACAAGAGGCAAAGUGGAUAUAUUCGUCGCAGGAAUUGGUACUGGUGGAACUAUUUCUGGGGUUGGUCAGUACCUAAAGAAACAAAAUCCUAACAUAAAGGUUAUUGGUGUCGAGCCAACAGAAAGCAACAUACUUUCAGGGGGAUCACCUGGUCCUCACAAAAUUCAAGGGAUUGGAGCUGGCUUUGUACCUGGAAAUUUAGACCUGAGCAUAGUUGAUGAAAUUAUAGAGGUAUCAAGUGACGAAUCUAUUGAAACAGCGAAACAGUUGGCACUUCAAGAAGGCCUAAUGGUGGGGAUUUCCUCUGGUGCAGCAGCAGCAGCUGCCAUCAGGGUUGCAAAGAGACCUGAGAAUGCAGGAAAGCUUAUUGCGGUUGUGUUUCCAAGUUUUGGUGAGAGAUAUCUCUCUUCUAUUCUCUUCCAAUCAAUCAGAGAAGAAUGCGAGAACAUGCAACCUGAGCCAUGAUGAACUCCACCAUCUAAAUGAAAUUUUCACUUCAUUUUCUUCUUCUUUCUGUACCUGCAGACAUUCCACAAUUGAGUAAAGAGUUGGGUUUUGUUAUUAUUUUGUAGGCAUGAUGGAAAAUAAAUAAAAAUGAAAUGUGUGUUGUUCUUGUUUUGUAUACUUGCAAACAUUUAUUUCGGGUGCUUCUUUGUACUCCCUCCCAACUUCUAUUCCCACCAACAAUUCCAUGGCUAGGGCCUAGGAGUGUGUCUACAUCAUACUGUAUAAUUGCAUGCCUUAAUUCCCCCA